AUGCACCUCCUCAACCUCACCCUGCAGCCCGCAACGGCGGUGUCCAACGCCGUCGUUGGUUCGUUCUCGGGCAAGGGACAGGAGAUUCUGGUUGUGCACGGCGCCACAAGACUCGAGAUCCUCAAGCUCAACCCGUCGACUGGACAGUUGGACUCGAUCUGUACUUCCGAGGCCUUUGGCACCGUUCGCAACGUCGCGGCGUUCCGACUCGCGGGCAUGACCAAGGACUACAUCCUGUUGUCCUCCGACUCUGGCCGCCUGUCCAUUGUCGAGCUUGUGAUUUCCCCGACUCCGCACUUUGAGAGCCUGUACCAAGAAGUGUACGGCAAGUCUGGAUCCAGGCGAACGGUUCCAGGCCAGUUCCUCGCGGUCGACCCCAAGGGCCGCAGUGUCAUGUACGGCGCCGUGGAGAAGAGCAAGCUGGUUUACAUUCUGAACCGUAAUUCAGAAGGCAAGCUGUUCCCUUCGUCGCCGCUCGAGGCGCACAAGAACCACACCAUCAUGACCAACCUCGUGGGCGUGGACACUGGUUACGACAACCCCAUGUUUGCGGCCCUCGAGAUCGACUAUGGAGAGGCCGACCGUGACCCCAGUGGCGAGGCGAUGCAGACGACUGAAAAGUAUCUCACCUUUUACGAGCUUGACCUGGGUCUCAACCACGUCGUGAGGAAGUGGAGCGAGCCAACCGACCGUCGCGCCAACUUGCUGGUCCAGGUGCCUGGUGGCCAGAACGCCAACACGGACAGGUUUGAUGGGCCCUCGGGUGUGCUGGUGUGCACUGAAGACCACAUUAUCUGGAAGCACAUGGACGCCGAUGCCCACCGCGUGCCCAUCCCACGCCGUCGCAACCCCCUCGCCCAGCGUGGCGAGACGUCCCGAGGACUCAUUAUCGUGGCUGCUGUCACGCACAAGAUCCGUGGCGCAUUCUUCUUCCUCCUCCAAAGCGAGGACGGUGACCUGUACAAGGUCACGAUCGAGCACGAGGGCGAGGACGUGCGGGCGAUGCGGAUCAAGUACUUUGACACUGUGCCCGUGGCCAUGUCGCUGUGUAUCCUCAAGAGCGGUUACCUGUUUGUGGCGAGCGAGUUUGGCGACCAGCACCUGUACCAGUUCCAGUCGCUUGCUGACGACGACGACGAGCAAGAGUGGUCCUCGACCGAUUACAAGAACAAUGGCGACACCGAGGGCCCCUUGCCGUACGCGUUCUUCUCGCCUCGCCCGCUCCAAAACAUGCUGGCAGUGGACAAUGUCUCGUCGCUGGACCCCAUCCUCGACGCCCAGGUCGUCAACCUGCUGGGGAAUGCGAGCGACACCCCACAGAUUUACGCCGCGUGCGGUCGUGGCCCGCGCUCGACGUUCCGUUCGCUCAAGCACGGUCUGGACGUCAACGUACUCGUCUCGUCGGGGCUCCCCGGUGUGCCCAAUGCCGUGUGGACACUCAAGCUCAACGAAGAGGACGAGUACGACUCGUACAUUGUGCUGUCGUUCCCCAACGGUACGCUUGUGCUGAGCAUUGGGGAGACGAUCGAAGAGGUCAGCGACACUGGCUUCUUGAGUAGCAGCCCCACCCUUGCUGUCCAGCAGCUCGCACACGCCGGUCUCUUGCAAGUCCACCCGUACGGUCUGCGACACAUUCGCGCGGCCGACCGCGUUGACGAGUGGGCCGCUCCUCCUGGUACCACCAUUGUGUCUGCCACGACCAACCCGCGUCAAGUGGUCAUUGCCCUGAGCACUGCCGAGCUCGUCUACUUUGAGCUCGACGACGAAGGGUCACUGAGCGAGUAUGGCGAGAAGAAGAGUCUGCCAGGUAACGCCACGUGUGUGUCCAUUGCAGACCUGCCCGAGGGCCGCAUGAGGACACCGUUCUUGGCUGUUGGUUGUGACAACCAGACUGUGCAUGUCAUCAGUCUGGAACCCGACAGCACCCUCGACACUCUGUCGCUGCAGGCCUUGACGGCGCCGCCGUCGGACAUUUGCCUGGCCGAGAUUUUCGACACGUCGAUCGACAAGAACCGCGCCACCAUGUUUUUGACCAUUGGUCUCCUCAACGGUGUGCUGCUGCGCACAGUGGUGGACCCUGUCGACGGCUCGCUCUCGGACACGCGUCUCCGUUUCCUCGGUGCCAAGCCACCGCGUAUCGUGCGGUCCAACGUGCACGGCUCGCCCGCCGUCAUGGCCUUUUCGUCGCGCACCUGGCUGCUGUACACGUACCAGGACCUGCUGCAGACGCAGCCGCUCAUCUACGACACGCUCGAGUAUGCGUGCAACCUGUCUGCCAGCAUGUGCCCCGACGGUCUGAUUGGUAUCUCGGGCAACACGCUGCGUAUUUUCACCAUUCCAAAACUCGGUGAAAAGCUCAAGCAAGACUCGACCCCCCUGACCUACACCCCGCGCAAGAUUGUCGGCUACCCCUAUGCGCCCAUUUUCUACACCAUUGAAGCCGACCACCGCACGUACGGCCCCAAGGCCAUUGAGCGGAUAGUGUCUGAGAAGAAGGCUGCGGGCGACAAGGUCGACACGUCCUUGUUAGAGCUGCCAUUUGAGGAGUUUGGCAGGCCACGAGCCGGAGCCGGUCACUGGGCGUCGCUGGUGCGCGUCAUUGACCCCCUGACAAACGACACUGUGCAGACGCUCGAGCUCGACGAGGACGAGGCGGCGUUUUCCGCGGCCGUGUGCUACUUUGAGCGCAUGGGCGGCGAACCCACGCUCGUGGUCGGUACCGGUGUCAAGACGACGUUUGUGCCGCGCUCGUGCAAGGAGGGCUGGAUUCGCGUCUACGCCAUCCGGGACGCCGGCCGCACACUCGAGUUUAUGCACAAGACGAGGACAGACGACGUGCCCCUGGCGCUGGCCGCGUUCCAGGGCUACUUGCUCGCCGGUGUGGGCAAGAGCCUGCGCCUGUACGAGAUGGGCAAGAAGGCCCUGUUGCGCAAGUGUGAGAACACUGGUUUCCCCACAGGUGUGGCCACCAUCAACGUGAUCGGAGCCCGCAUCAUCGUCGGCGACCUGCAGGAGUCGACCUUUUUCUGCGUGUACCGCUCGCUCCCGACCCGCCAGCUGCUCAUCUUUGCCGAUGACGGCCAGCCGCGCUGGCUCACGUCUGUUGUCAACGUUGACUAUGACACGGUCUGCGCCGCCGACAAGUUUGGCAACAUUUUCAUCAACCGCCUCGAGGAGCGCGUGUCUGAGAAAGUCGACGACGACCCCACGGGUGCGGGUAUCCUGCACGAAAAGGGCUUCCUCAUGGGCGCGGCGCACAAGACGGACCUUGUGGCGCACUACAACGUCGGGUCCGUUGUCACGUCGCUGAACAAGGUGUCUGUGGCGCCUGGCGGCCGCGACGUGGUGGUGUACACCACCGUCUCGGGCGCCGUGGGUGCAUUGAUCCCGUUCAUCUCAAACGACGACGUCGAGUUUAUGACGACGCUGGAGAUGCACAUUCGCUCCCUCAACACCUCGCUGGUCGGCCGCGACCACCUGGCAUACCGUGGCUACUAUGCCCCGGUAAAGUCCGUGGUCGAUGGUGACCUGUGCGAGAGCUUCAACCUGCUGCCGUACCCCCAGCAACAGGCAAUUGCAGCCGACCUCGACAGGAAUGUGGGCGAGGUGCUGAAAAAGCUCGAGCAGUUGCGCACGGGCAGUGUGUUCUAA